UUCAACAUGAUCAAAAUAAUAGUCAUCUCUACUUUUGUCUUAUGUCUUGGCUGCAAAGGAAAAUCUCUGGAAAUGAACUCUUGUGAAAUGAAUAUCAAAGCUGAAGAAGUAGAUUGCACUCAUCAAAACUUGUCAAAGAUUCCAAAUUGUUUGGAAUAUACGAAAACACUUAUCCUAGCCAGAAACAAUAUCUAUAAAAUACCGGAUGAUUCAUUCGUCCAUUGUGUACGUCUGAAAGAUUUAAACUUAGCACAUAACAAGAUUGAAAGACUGUUCCCCAGAUCAUUCAAUGGGCUCGAAGGAUUGUUAAGUUUGAAUUUGGAAAACAAUAAUAUUGGAAAGAACAAUUCAUUUAUGAAAACAAGUUUAACCUAUCUUCAAAAGCUAAAGUAUCUCAAUAUCAAGAACAAUUCAAUUUUAUCAGUCCCCGACAUAACAGCAUUGAUAUCUUUAAAAACAUUGUCAAUGAAUUUGAUAGAAGAAUUAGCUAUUGGUGAACACUUAAAAGGCCUCAAUUCUUUAUUGACUUUGGAUUUGUCAGGACCCAGGUCAGCUUGUCGAUCUCUUAUACUGACUUCUGACACUUUUUCCGGUCUUCAGUCACUGCAUUCUUUAGAUCUAUCAAAAAAUCGCAUACUUAAGAUUUGGAAAGGAACGUUUGUUCAUUUACGAAACUUACGCUUUUUAGAUAUAUCUUUUAAUAAAGAUUUAGGCUUUUCCGGUGUGGAAAAUGUUACGCACGACUUGCCGAUGACAGCAAUAGAAAUUUUUAAAUUUCAGAUGGUAAUUUCGCCAUUAUCACAUUUCACAAUGAUUGAAAAGACUCAUCUGGAGGAGCUAAAGAAAACAAAAAUACGGAAGAUUUAUGCUGAUAGUAACCGAAUUAGUUUAGUUGAACUAGGCGUUAUUCCAAAAUUACCAAAAUCUUUAGAAAAGAUUUCAAUUAAUGACAAUUUCCUUAUGCCGGGAACUUACAUCAAAGAAACACAAUAUUUAUCGAUUAAAGUUUUAAAUGUAUCAUCAUCUAUUACACAUCGGGUUAUUAACGAAGACAACAUUUGGCCAUGGUGUAUAGACGCUAUUAAAGGAUUUGACUUUGAGUUUUCAUUCGAUGGAACACGUCCGUCAGAGUAUGUUAAACAAAAAAUGAAAUUAGCAACACAAAAUUUAGAAUUUUUGAAUAUUGCAGUUCUUUUGGCCUCCGGUCUACCUAAAACUCUCCGGGAAAUGAAUGUGAGUGGUGGUGGUCUACAGUUUGAAAUUCCAGAAGUGCAUUUUAAAGACAAUGAACUGGAAAGGGUAGAUUUGUCUUUUAAUAAAUUUCGAUCCUGUAUAGGGCCGCUAAACAAUCUUCUAAAGCUAAACUACUUAGAUUUGUCUUCUAAUAAUUGUCCCGAUAUUUCAAAUGUGUUCUUUUCUGGGACACCGAAUAUCAAGACGCUGAUGUUUCAAAAUAAUUGUUUAGGGGUUGUUUUUGCAACAAGAGAGGGAGAAGAGGUAUUCAGAAGUCUUAAACAUUUGGAAACAAUAAAUCUGUCGGAUAAUAAAAUACAUUAUUUGCCCAAAUUGAUAUUUAGAUCACAAAAUGAACUGAAGGAAAUCAGUUUGAAGAGAAAUUCUAUUGAAAAAUUUCAGUUAAAAUUAAAUCAUAUGAAGAGUCUUUUGUUUCUUGAUAUUUCAAACAAUAACAUCCGAAAUAUAGACCCAGACCAAACGGAUGAACUUGAAACCAUUGCAAAAGAAAAUGGCAAAUUUAGACUUGACCUGAGAGGGAACCCCAUCCAAUGUACAUGUAAAAAUAUAAAAUUUUUGAAAUGGAUAGCAUCGACAAAAGUCAAUCUGCAAAGCGUAUCAUCCUACCUCUGUGAAUUUGCGAAUGAAACGAAAGUUUUGCUGAAAAAUCCCACCGAACUUUACAAAUCGAUGGAAAAAGAAUGCUCUUCAUCAUGGGAGGUAAUACUUGUGGUAUCUAUCACAUUUAUCAUAUUUGUCGUUAUCUUAGUAUGUGGACUUAUUUAUAGAUACCGAUGGAAGUUGCGAUAUCUCUUUUUCAUGGCAAAAUCUAGGUAUAAAAGAACAUCAAAUGUAUUUCCAGACGAGCAAAUCUACGACUACGACGCAUUCAUUUCCUAUGAAGACGAAGACCAAUAUUUUGUACAUAACACACUUUUGACUAAUAUCGAAAGAGAUGGCCAAUUCAAAGUUUGUGUCCACAAACGGGAUUUUAUUGCCGGAAAUGAAAUAGCCGCCAACAUAACUGAUGCCAUCCACCGGAGUCGCAAAACCGUGUGUAUAAUCACGCAAAAUUUUCUUAAUUCAUACUGGUGCAUGUUUGAAUUCAAUAUGGCACGCAUGGAGAGUAUUUACUCACGUAACGCAGAAAACGUACUCUAUUUAAUCUUUUUGGAGCAAAUCCCCACAAAAAGGUUACCUUUGGUCUUACUGGAGCUGGUUCAGUCGCGAUCGUACAUGGAAUUUCCAAAUGACGAAUACGGUAACGCUGUAUUUUGGAAUAACCUGAAGAAAGUGUUAUCAGAUAGAGAAUGAAAUUAAGGUAUAAUGGGAGUAGAUUGCAAAAUAACUGAAUCAAGUCACCAAUUUCGAUGCAGUAGUGCAAUUUCCUUUAAAAACCUUUCAUUUAUAAAAUAAUAUCAUUAUUAUUAAUAUUAUUUUAAUGUACA